AAUAAAUUAUGUGUUUUCUUUGUAAUCGGAUUCUCCAAUACUUCUCCACAUAAGAAAUAUCAAUGCUUCUGUCUCUAUAUGUUGAAGAAACUGCAGGAAAAUGUGUUAUAUAUUCAGGCUAAGGAAGCAUCAAGUGCUCCCUUCUCCCUCCCCACCACCUCAACAAGAGAAUGGGAGCUAACUCGAAUAGCCCUAAGUCUUCUUCUCUGAAGAAGAUGAAAUCCAACACUCUAAAAUCUCUUCUACAACAUGAUUCCAUGCACAGUGGCAUAAGGCUGCUGCAUAGAAGCUCAGAGCAUGAUAAGAUUCUCUCUCUCAUUUCUUGCUGCGCUUACACACAUGCUUUCAGCGAUCCAUCACCAUCAGAAACGCCCUUGUUGCAUAGCUUCAUCAAGCUUUUAGCUGUGCUGAAGCCGAUGGCCAAGGGGAAGGGGCAGGGGCAUGGGCCGUGCCUGCCCGAUGAGAUUCUCUUUCCCCUCUUUACUAUGACACAGGAUCACCUCUUCCGGCCCCUCCCGCCCCCCAACACCUCCAUCACCUGCAUCUUGCCUGAUGACGAUGACCUCAUUGCCACCCCGUCUGCAGCCUGGCCCCACCUCCAGCACGUCUACGACAUCCUCCUCUGCCUAGUCAUCAGCAUGGACUCAAAAACUCUAGGGGAGUAUAUCAAGGAGUCCUUCAUUCUGAACCUGCUCGCCCUCUUCAAGUCAGAUGACCCGAGGGAACGGGAGAGAUUGAAGAAUGUGUACCACCAUAUAUACUCCAAGCUACACGGCUCGAGAUCGUUCAUGAGGAAGGCCAUGAACGACAUUUUCUUGCAUCAUACAUUCGAAGGUGAUGAGAGGCAUGCUGGGAUAGGGGAUUUGCUGGAGAUAUGUGGGACGAUCAUCAACGGGUUUAGUGUGCCGUUGAAGGAGGAGCAUAGGAUAUUCUUGAUGCGGGUUCUGAUGCCAUUGCACAGGCCUAAAGGGAUGCAGGCAUAUCACAAGCAGUUGGCUUACUGCGUCUAUCAGUUUGUGCAGAAGGAGCCGCUGCUAGGAGUGGCCGUCGUUAGGGGGAUUCUCCGGUACUGGCCAAUCACCAACUGCCAGAAAGAAGUUGUGCUCAUAGGGGAGCUUGAAGAUUUGGUUGAGAAUAUGGAGAUUGUAGAGUAUAAGGCUGUUGCUUUGCCUUUGUGCAAGCGGAUAACUAAGUGCUUCAUCAGUCCAAACUCGCAGGUUGCAGAACGAGCACUCUACAUGUGGAACAAUGAACGGUUUGUGAAGAUGGCGUUGCAAGCAGCGGAAGAGGUGCUUCCCGUGGUGGUGGGAGGAAUGGAAGAGAAUCUGAGAGGGCACUGGAGCAAAAGCGUGCGCCAGCUUACACAGAAUGUGAAGGAGAUGCUGGUGGAGAUGGAACCGCUGCUCUACUCCUCGUGCCUAACGCAGUUCCAUCAUAGCCGGUCAGAGGCGGAGACCAGACGGCAAGAGAGGUGGGAGAGACUGGAAAUGGCAUUCAAUGUCAAUCAAUUCAUCCAAGAAUACCUCACUUCAAGUCUUCCCGAUUAAGGCACUGUUAACUUCUUCGUCUCUUCGAAUUAUGCACACUUCGUUAUUUCGAUAGAUUAUAAUUGAUGAAAGAGUUGAUUAUACUGCUUAAACAUAUCAAAAUAGGCACUUAAAAUUACUCGA